AUGGCGUACUUCUCAUGCUGUCAGAUGGCUCGGACCAUCUACAAGACUCCUUCAUGUGACGCAUGCACUGCCCAAACAUCAACAAGUCUGUCUCGAAUCAAUCAGCAGCAAGGUUACGUGACGCGUCGGCAUGUGUCGCAUAGGGUUUUUGAUGCUGAAUCGCAACAAGUUACCGUCUAUAUAAACUGUGACCAUCAUUGCAACGCAUCGUUCACCACGCCACCGAUGCUGUCUGUGCUUUUAUUCUGCUUCCUGUUGUCUUUUCAUGUGUGCUACACACGAGUGAUAACGGCCUAUGGUAAGACGAAUAUGAUGGAGUAUGGAGACGAACUGAUCACUCCUUCUAUGAUUGUUCAUAAAGAAGAAGCGCAAGUCACCUACGAGCAGGGUAUCCCGGAAGAGCAACCUCCGGCUACCGUUGAUCAAACUUCCGUUCCGCACGCGAAAGUUGAGGCAAGCGGAUAUCACUGA